AUAAAAUAUUUGCAUUUCAUUCUCACCCCAAAAUGUUCUGCUCAUAUGAGCAUAUUGAGCAAUCUUCGGCAACCGUGAUCAAUUACAAUUAGAAUGCAAUAAAACAUAUCAGUCAUCAGUACAUAUGCAUAACCAAAAGCUGGAUUUCCCAAUUUUCAGAUAAUCUUUUACAGUUGGUGCUUGGUAAUGUCAGAUUAUGAAAUUAUGCCAUCGGUUUUGUGGCGACGCUGUACAUACGUAUAUACAAAUAGACAGUGCAUGCAUACUUCAACGUUGAUUAGUAAUGGAAACUACGUUUACUUGGUAUAAUUAGUGGUAACGGUACUAAUUUAGGAUUAGUUCUGGAACCUGUUGUCCUUGUUCAGUGAGAAGUAAGAUCCGACUAUUUAUCUGUAAGUCAAAAAUAUGCAUAUUGACUCCAGGUUUCUCUGUUUCGUUUAAACUGAAACAUCUUCGUACACAUGAGUGAGUUUUUAUCUGGUUCGUGACUAAAAUUGUUUUAAAUUAAUAAAACCUACACAAUGAGCUUUUUAUUUGAAGGUGGAAAGUUGGUUGAAAGUCGCCAUUGCCGUGAACUUGGCAAAAUAUUGUCAAACAACUUGGACCGUUGGAAUGAACUGAGGGGAGCACUAGGAAUUCCGAUACUUGACGUAAAAAAUGUCUAUGACCAAAUCAAGCAGAACGAUGGCAGCGUUCCGGCGGAUACAGCGUUCUACAGUCUUAUCUACCAUUGGAUAAGUAAAAGUCCAAAGCACGCAACAUUUGGGCAUCUGCUGGAUAUUCUUGCUUGGCAGUUGGAAUUCAUGGAAUCUGCUAAUCAAAUCUUGGAACGAGAGUGGACAUAGGAUCAUCCAAUAAAUGAAGUGGGUUUAAGGUGAUGCCAAAAAAGUGUGCAACUGUGCAAGCUUCUCAAGAUGAAUUAGUACAAAUUUUGUCGCACAGUGUCUGAUUUUUUAUUAUCAUCAUUAUUAGUGUCCGAUUUGUAUAAAAUACAUAAUGGCAAAUUAAAUCUACCUAUUUUGUA